AUGAAUGCAAGCAAUGAACUUUCCAACUUGACUGCAGUACGAAAUGGAUUUUUCUUAGAAAUCGGCAUGGGGAUCCCAGCCAAUGCCAUCCUCCUGCUUUUCCACAUCCUCAUGUUCUUGCUAAAGCACAGACCCAAGCCCAUCGACCUGACCAUCGGGCACUUGGCCUUCAUCCACCUGGUGAUGUUGGUCAUAACAGGGGUCAUAGCCACAGACAUGUCUGAGUCUCAAAAUCUAUGGAAUGAUGUCUCAUGUAAGGCUGUCAUCUACUUCUACCAGGUGCUGCGGGGCCUCUCCCUGUGCAACACCUCCCUGCUCAGUGUCCUCCAGGCCAUCACCCUCAGCCCCAGGAGCUCCUGGUUGGCCAAAUUCAAACAAACAUCCUCCUCCCUUCACAGCCUGUGUGUCUUUGUCCUCCUAUGGGUCUUCAAUUUGUUCCUUAGUCCUCGCUUCUUUAACUCCUUUGUUGUCACCAGUAAUUGUACAUCCGGGAGCCUUUUGUUUGCCACUAAAUUCUGUUCUGUUUGGCCACUGGGAUAUUUGCCCAAGCACACAUUAUCCAUGUUGUGGAUCUUCCGGGAUGUGUCCCUCACAGGGCUCAUGGCCCUCUCCAGUGCCUACAUGGUGACCCUCCUGUGCAGGCACAAGAGGCAGUGCCAGCACCUUCACGGCACCAGCCUUUCUCCAAGAGCCUCCCCAGAGCUGAGGGCCACCCGUACCAUCCUGUUGCUCAUGAGCAUGUUUGUUCUGAUGUACAUGAUGGAUUGUAUUAUGUACUCCCUCUCAGAAAUGUUGUGGAACAGCAACCUACUGCGUCUGUGUGCCCAGAUAUUGCUGGGCAAUGGCUAUGCCACCAUUGGUCCCUUGGUGUUAAUUACCAGUGAAAAACGAAUAAUCACCUUAUUCAAAUCUAUAUGCAAAAGAUUGUUUAAUUGUGUAGGAAAAAAAUCACAUAAUCUUAGCUGA